GAGGGCGGAGGGCGGAGGGCGGUGUUAACCCCUCCCAGCUCCCGCGCUCGGGCCAGCGGGGCACACGCGGCUGGGAGCACGGCUGGAGUGGGCACCGGAGCGGAGCGCGCGGUGGCCUGGAGCGGAGCGGCAGAGACCGAGCGGCCCCGCCCCGCCUAGCCCAGCUCAGCCCAGGCCGGCGCGGCGGGAUGCGGAGCGCGCGGCGCGGACCCGGAGCUCCCAGAGCGCGGCUGCAGCUACCCCCGCCGGAGCGAGGCUGCUGUGUCUGAGGCCCUCUGGAACUGAGGAAAAGCCACACAAAAAGCGUGGGUCUCCUCCCGGAUCGUGUCCCAAGCUCGCCUGAGCAGGCAGGGUUGGACCUCGCCCCCUAGCGUUGGUCUGGAGAAGUGGCGCCCCGUCGGCGACAGAGCCCGGCACCAUGGAGUCUACCAGCGACACGCAGGACAAGGCCAUCCGCAGUCUGGGCCCCAGCGACCGUGAAGUCAUAGUGCUGCAUUACAACUACACGGGGAAGCUGUCUUUGAGCCAGGACAGAGACAGCGGCGUGAAGCUGACCACGGUGGUGUUCAUCCUCAUCUGCUGCCUCAUCAUCCUGGAGAACGUCUUUGUCCUGCUGACCAUCUGGAAGACCAAGAAGUUCCACCGACCCAUGUACUAUUUCAUCGGCAACCUGGCCCUCUCAGACCUGCUGGCCGGCGUGGCCUACAUAGCCAACCUGCUGCUGUCUGGCGCCACCACCUACAGGCUCACGCUGGCGCAGUGGUUCCUGCGCGAGGGCAGCAUGUUCGUGGCGCUGUCGGCCUCGGUGUUCAGCCUGCUGGCCAUCGCCAUCGAGCGCUACAUCACCAUGCUGAAGAUGAAGCUGCACAACGGCAGCAACAGCUCGCGCUCCUUCCUGCUCAUCAGCGGCUGCUGGGCCGUCUCGCUGGUCCUGGGCGGCCUGCCCAUCAUGGGCUGGAACUGCGUGGGCGCGCUGCCCAGCUGCUCCACCGUGCUGCCGCUCUACCGCAAACACUAUAUCCUCUUCUGCACCACCGUCUUCACCUUGCUUCUGCUGGCCAUCGUCAUCCUGUACUGCAGGAUCUACUCCCUGGUGCGGACCCGCAGCCGCAGGCUCACCUUCCGCAAGAACGCCUCCAAGGCCAGCCGCAGCUCCGAGAAGUCGCUGGCGCUGCUGAAGACCGUGAUCAUCGUGCUGAGCGCCUUCAUCGCCUGCUGGGCUCCGCUCUUCAUCCUGCUGCUGCUGGACGUGGGCUGCAAGGUGAAGACCUGCGACAUCCUUUACAAAGCCGAGUACUUCCUGGUGCUGGCCGUGUUGAACUCCGGCACCAACCCGGUCAUUUACACCCUGACCAACAAGGAGAUGCGGCGGGCCUUCAUCCGGAUGGUGUCCUGCUGCAAGUGCCCCGGUGGGGACUCAGCGGGCAAGAUCAAGAGGCCCAUCAUCGCAGGUGUGGAGUUCAGCCGGAGUAAGUCGGACAACUCCUCGCACCCCCAGAAGGACGAUGGGGAGAACCCAGAGACCAUUAUGUCCUCUGGAAAUGUCAACUCUUCUUCCUAAAGCUGGAAGCUGCCAACCCUUGGGAAGUACUGUUCUGAGACCACCUACUGUCCCAGCAUUUGAAAUAGGUCUCUGGGCCUCAGUGGGGCCAGCAAGGAGCCCCAGGGGCCAGAGAGAGGGAGGAAGCAGGGGAGAACUCAAGCGGCCUGGUGGGGCCACAGCAGCUGGUGGGUAGCGCUGGUUCCGGUGAACAAUGCACCAGGAAGGGUGGAGAUUGGUCGGCCUGGAGCCUGUUUCCUCUCCCUUCGGAGCUUUGAUUUUGCACUGAGCCAAAGGUCUAGCAUUGUCAGGCUCCCAAAGGGUUCCCUGGGGCCCUCCUCCAAGAGUGGGGUCCCCAGGAGAAAGGCGCUCAGUCUGGCGCUUAGAGGAGAUGAUUUUUUCCCUUCAGUCUCAGACCCACGUGAGUGUGUGCACUUGUGCUUGCCAGGGAACACUGUUCCCCUCCUGCCCUGCCCUCCCUCCCCUCCCUUCCACCCCCUCGCAAGAUUCUCUUACUUUUAGUAUAACUACCUGGCAUUCAUCCGAGCAGCCUCCUGGCUCGCUGUUCUCGGCUGUCUGUAGCGGGCCGGCCAUGUUCAGUAGGUAGGCUGAGAAGACCUGGACAUGGUUUGGAGAGGAAAAGCAGUUUCAUCUGCUGAGGCCAAAGUUUCCACGCAAGCUGGAUUAGUUGUGUUUUGGAAUUUGCUUGACGUCACUUUGAUUUUUUUAAAGCAUCUUUACAAUGAAAUGUGUUGCAGUGUCAUGUCAGUUGUGGCUGUGAUCAGCCGAGGAAGUCCGCUUUCUCCAGGUGGUAGCAGCCAGGACCUUCAGUGUUGGGGUGCAGCAAACAGAAGAAGGGGGAAGAGGACGGGAGGAAGCCUGAGCGCCAGGCGCCGUCUCUUGGUGGCUGUCACGAAUGCAGCCCCUGUCUUUGGCACUUCUGCUGAGGUUUAUCGCAGAGUGCUGUGCUGUCCAUUUCCACCACAGGAUGGUCGCCUUUGGCUGUGGUCGAGUACUUUCCAUGAUUUUUGAAUGUAUUUGUUUCAGGAAAGGUCUUUCAUUGGAUUUUUUCUAACUUGUGUUAACACCACUGAGUGUGUCUUUCUUAGGAAGAUACCAGUUCUUGGCUCUUAAAAGCAUUACUUUAAUUGGUAGGAAACAGUGGAAGUUUUUCAGUACAGCUGUUCAUUAGAUAGUAAUUGAAGGUGUGUAUAAAUGUUACAAAGUAUAAAAACGUGUCACUGUCUUUUUAGUGCGGUUUUCAGUGCAAUUAAACCAAGAAAUGUCUUUUUUUAAAAAAAAAUAGUAUUUAAUAGGUUUCUGACUUUUGUGGAUCAUUUUGCACAUAGCUUUAUCAACUUUUAAACAUUAAUAAACUGAUUUUUUUAAAGAUCCCUUUGUGAAGAGCAUUUUUUAAAAAUCACGAUUCAGAUUUUCCCUGAUUCCGUGGUUCUUUAGAAUCAAAAGGUAAGCAUAAAUUUAUGUUAUUUUUAAAGGAUUUCACCUUGAUAAAGUAGGGUGUGAAAAAAUUGUGGUUUGUUUAGAAACUGCCCUGUUUUAGGAAGAGAAACUUAAAUAAGUGAACAGUGAAUUUGAAAAUGAAUGAGAUAAAAAAAAACCACCAACCUUCUCAAUACCACAUUGGCAAGAAACUGUAAUUUUAAAUUGCAUUCAAGACAAGCUAACUGCAAUACAAUAAUCCUAUUUUAAAACAUGGCUUUGUAAAGAAUUAACCGUGUGGUGGUCUCACUUAGGUUACUACACCCUGACCAGUCCGAACACACCAGCCAAAGUGUACGCUCUGGCCACCCACCCGCAUGCUCCGGGGAGAUCAGGAAGAGUGUUAAGUCAUUAACCUUUUUAGGGUACUGUUUUGGCUCCUUCAGUCCAUCUCUGAAUAUGGGAAUAUGCGGUACACGUGAGGUAGCAAACGAGAAUGCAGGCUGGGUGGCACAGGGCCAUUUGUGUGAAAACUUUAUUCAUGGUACUGGACAGUGUUAGCAUUCUUGACUAGUAAUUUCUCCAGCUAUGAAGUGAAAGCAAGGGUGCUGAGCAAGCACCCUAGAAUUCGAGCACUAGUUAGCUCUUGCUGUAGCAUUGCUGGAUCUUUCUGGUGGGUCGAAUCAAAGUCUCUUGAUGUGUUUGGUUCUCUAGCUUUAGUGUUAUUUUCACAAUUUGUGCUUUCAAGUGUCAUUGACUAUGCACAGGACACAGUUGGGACACGGAGAUAAAGCUCACCUACUGGGGUAGAUGUCAUUUCUGGGUAAGGUUAACUGUGGGAAGCAGAAAUGUAUUCACUAAGGAAAGCUUAGGUCACAGGCUCCUUUCCUGAAGGAAAUGCCAAAAAUGCUCCAAAGACAAAAGGCUGGAAACACACUGGAAUGUCUCUGUCCAUCUGUCUGCUGAGGCGGAAGGAGUGAUUUCAUGUCACACUCACUUCCUGGAACUUUCAUUGCAGUGUGGAGCACGAUGGAAAAGUGUCCAUUUUGUUCCAUGGCAUGAUGACAUGG